ACCGAAACUGCAUUGAAGCUUCCGAGCAGCGCCUUGAGCGGCGUACGUCACCUGAUGCAUGCAUUUUCCGCCCCUUUCGCCCUUUCUACCAAAUCGUCUGCUAUGCCUUUGAAUGAAUUGCAGGAAGUCGGCAGACACGGUGUCGAUUGCUCAUAGGGGAACACGUCAGCAGUCAUGUGCUUCGAGCUUGACUGCAUGUGCACAUGGGCCGUUCAUCUGUGCCGCACCGGGCGCCGCAAGGGGCUGUGAAGUUCUGAAUGCUUGCGGUAACAUGAGGCUGUGAACGGCUGUUGGCGGGAUUCCAUUGCACCAAGGCGAAAAUGCUAAGUCACCUUUCCCGCAAAGCACGGUCGUCGCAAUUGGAGCCGACGAGCGCCGGUGGUCGGUGCAGCUGCGCUUGAUCGACGGGCCGCUUCACUUCUAUUAACUUUAGGCAGUGUUUGCUGGUGCUGCUUGUUGAAUCAGGGAAAGCAAAGCACGCGGUGAAGUGCUGCACCAUCGGUGAAGCAUGGGAGACGAAUCAGUUACCAGUGCCGCAGUCCCCACACCACGAACUCAUCUUCUGCCUCUUCGGGUUAGGAUAGCCUACAGCGUCGGCCAUGUGCUCAACGACCUGUGUGCCUCCAUGUGGUUCACCUACCUGCUGGUGUACCUCACGUUUGUGCGACAGCUGCGUCCAACGCUGGCUGGUGCAUUACUGCUGGUCGGUCAGGUGGCAGAUGCGGUGGCCACCCCAUUUGUUGGCAUUGAGUCCGACAGGGACGACGACUUCUGGCUGUGUCAUUACGGACGCCGGAAAACAUGGCAUCUCAUAGGCACGCUGUGCGUAGUGGGGAGUUUCCCGUUUCUGUUCUCCAAGCCCUUGGGCAGCCAUCCAAGCAGCCAGGAGGCAGAGUUUGUCUACUAUGCGGCCUUCAUCAUCAUCUUCCAGUUCGGGUGGGCGUCCACCCAAAUUUCUCACCUGUCUCUUAUCCCGGACAUCACGCCCAUCCCCCAUGAGAGGGUCGAGCUCAAUGCCAUGCGCUAUGCUUGUACUGUGGCAAGCAACAUAAUUGUGUACACGGUUACCUGGGCAGCACUGGGCAUAUCAGGUGCAGACCACGAAGCACAGGUGGGGCCUCCCGAUGGCCAUGUCUUCAGAGACAUCGUCCUCAUUGUGGUUGCCAUUGGGGCCUUCUUCUCCUUCAUCUUCCAUAUGGUGGUACGCGAUCCAUCACGAGGUGGUCGCCGGGAAAGCCGCUCUCGUCAUACGGACGAGUACAUCCGGUCACUGGUGCUUGAUCGUUCCCACCACUUUGUGUGGAAAGACUGGUUCAAGGAGAAAGGCUUUUACCUGGUGGCCCUUCUGUACAUGUUCACUCGCCUCUACGUCAACCUGAACCAGGUCUACAUGUCCAUCUACAUUCAGGACACACUUUUGCUACGAAGGGAAAGCAUAGCAAUCAUUCCUCUCGUCAUGUAUGUGAGUGGCCUCAUCUCAUCGCUACCCAUAAAGCUUGCAGCAAAACACAUUGGAACAAAGAAUAUGCACCUCCUUGGUGGUGCACUGGGAAUUGGUGGCUCCCUCUGGAUCCUUUUGGGCCAGAUGACUCCCAUGUACAAAGAUUAUCAGAUAUACGGUGUUGCUGCUGUUGUGGGUGCUGCGAGCACAACCAUGCUGCUUGCCAGUCUCGCCAUUACAAAUGAACUCAUUGGUGGCCACACGACAAGUGGUGCAUUUGUCUUUGGAGCGAUGAGCUUUAUGGACAAGAUGGCCAAUGGUAUCGCUGUGAUCAUUAUUCAGGAUGCGCACAAGUGCAAUUCGUGCAUCGGUGUACGAGACAACUACUACCAGAAGGUAAUGGUGUAUAUCUGCGGUGGAGCUGCCGUGGGUGGAAUACUCUUUGCUCUUUCGCUCUUUGUCAUCAACCACGACAGCUCGUUAAAUACCAGGAAUGGUAGCAACGGUGUGUCAACGAAUACCAGGCCCGACGACAUUGUCGACGUUCGGUGUUCUAGUCCAGCCGAAUACGAAGAGAGCGUUGGAAAUUACUUGCCAACGUCGCCACUCCUAGGAUCAACGUCAAGUGCAUAGAUUCGCCAAGUGUGUGACUUGCAUGGUGCGUGUGUGACGUUCGUUCGCCGAGGACGCACAAGUGUGUGGUGAAGCAUUCCUAGAGGUGCAUUCCUAGUGACACUUUACUCAUCGUCUUCCAUGACUGUGUUUCAGUGACAUCUGUUGUGUCCAUAGGGUUGCAAACCCUAAAUGGGGCGUGACGGAGCCAAGAAACAAGAUUUGACAGGGUUACUGGCACAUUUAUCCUGUUGGUCAAGGCAUUAUGCAAAGCAUGAAGCUGCUUGUAUUGCUUUUCUCCCCUCAUUUUUCUAAGCUAGUUUCAAUUCAUGCCAACAUUUACAUACGAAUGCACGCAUUAUGUGUGACAUUAUAGCAUUCGUAAAAAGAAAGGCCCAUUUUAAAAUAUUAAUUUCUGCUGCACGUAACAUUUUUAGAACAUUUGGUACCUCUUUCUUCCACUUCUGGAACAUCUGUUUUCAUGAAGGACUACGGAACCUUUAAUGCCUCCAUGUCACGGCUUACCUUUAAAGCAGCAAGCGUACCUCAGUGUGCGUGCAAUGUCAUUAAGUGGGGAUACAUAGUACUAUAAGUAUUUAAUCAAUCUUCGUUUAUUUUUAUUGCAAGAGACAGUGGUGAUAAUCUUUACCUGUUGCCAUUUUUUAUAGCUUUAGUAGGUUAUCACCUGCCCAUUUUUGGCAGAAAUGCUUCUAUGAUAACUAUGUACUCAUUUCGUUGAUUUUAGAAUGUGCACUUCUCGUGGUAUUUGUGAUCAACUUGACUUGUGCUUUGGGGCGCGUUAUCACUUUAAUAGCCAUUUCAACGCUCUCUUGCCAACGAUUACCAACGAACGCUGCCAGCGAUUACCAACAAUUGCACGAACACUGUUUGCUGCCAUUGCCAUUUUUUUCUUUUUUUCAAGUGUUAUGCUAAAGCAGCGCUUGGAACCCACUUCAGUUCUCUGGGUAUUCUUGUCGGUCUUCAAAAAAUUUGCAAAGAAGUGUAUAGACUGACAAUUUUGCAUACCAAUGGUAUCAAUUGAAAGCAGUCUUGCAAAUUUUUAAAGAAUUCCAUGUGUAACGUAAGAUUUAUAUCGAAUCGUACUUCUUUACAUUGGCAGCAAGGUAUAUCUUGUCUUUACAAAAAGCACAAGUUUUAUGAAUAUAAAUGGUUCACAAGGGUUUUAUAAACAAACAUUUCGAUACACUGUGUAUGUUGCGAAACACCUUCUCCAAAAAUCUUGCUUCACGCUUUGCUUGCAAAGAAUCUACUAAAAGCCUUCAAAUUCAACAAAAUGUGUUCCUGAAUUGGACGAAAGAACAGGUUAUAUUCGUAAAUUGAAAAGGAAAUUUUGCUAUCUUGUUAAAUAGCCCUGUUUCCUUGCAGAAGCGAACCUAGAGCCUUCUAGCAUACCGGAGAAUACACCAGAAUUGCGACAGCGGAGCCUGCCACAUGGAUGUCCGCUCCUAAUGUGUAUAAUGCACCAGUGUAGUACGUUGGCAGUCCUGGUUAUUAACAAAAACGUAUUUUUGAAGGCACUGCCAGUGCUUAUAACUAUUAGCCAAAACUGUCUUCAUGCGGCAGUCUUUCCUUUUAUUUAAUUCAUAUGAUAAAACGUACAUACAGAAGACAUAGCAAGUCGUAUCGUUGGCUCUUGUAUUGGGCGUUUUCUUUUUUUUUUUAACUUUGGUGUCAUACUUCGCAUGCUCCGUUUUCAAAGACUGCAUAAUCUCUCGGCCAUGUGAAGAUUGGCCUUUCCUUUCCAAGUGCAAGUCAUAACAGAUUUUCUCUUGUCAUUUCUUGAAGUGCUUGUGAAAACUGUGCAACGUGUGCUUAUCUUAUGUAUGGAAAACUCGUCAAGCAGGCCUUGUUAUCAAUUCAUCAACAAGCCUUUCUCCUUCGAUUGAUGAGGUCUUUAACGGGUCAGGCCGGCUUUAAUGCUGUAUUUGUGGAAUUAGUGUGCCCAAUAAGAAACUAAUUUCCUUAUCCACAACUAAUGAGAUUAUUGUGGCUGUCACUUCACAGUGAUACAGGAUGUGUAAAGUACAAAGAUUGUUUAACAAUGUUCCAGACAUUUUCUGUUGCACACAUUUUGGAGCACUUUUUUCAUUGCAGCAUUGUCCUGUCUUUGGUCUGGAGUUGAAGUGACUGCCCUCAUUUUCCCUGUUACAUUAUCUCGUUCCCCUUGCUUUUCUUAGAGGCAUUCUGAUAUUUCCUGGCUUAUUUAACUCCUUUGGCACGAGAUUGUUUUGGGUGGGAAGUAUUUUUACUGUUUAUAGUUGAAUAUGUGAUAAUGUCUGUAUAUUUAUAGAAUGUACUUAUAUAAAUAUAUGUUACGAUGUACACAUAAUACAUAUUAUUUACUCAAAUUUCUGAAUAAUAAACAUAGGUGAUUCGUGGUUUCUAUUG